AUGAGCCCAGUUAUUUGGUUUCUUCUUAUUUUCUAUGCACCGCCUUCUGAAUAUCGUGCUGAUCACUUUAACAAGUGCAUUGUAGGGCCUAGUUACGUGGAUGAACGAAGUUUGUCUCCCGAACCGACUGGGCCGACAAAAAUGCGUGAUGACACAUCACCAGCAGAGUAUGACGCCAUAGCAAGAGCACCACAUCUUACAGCAUCACAAUUACACGGCAUGCUACAAAUUGACGCCUUUGCAUCAAAAUAUUCACAUCUUGCAAAGGUGGAUGAUAUAGGUAUGGUUUCUAUUAAUAUAACAAGAGCACCACCAUAG